AUGGGUAGCGUUUCUUCGCAUUCGACUUAAGAUGAGAAUGGCAACCUGAGCAGUCUUCCAAUGCAUUUAAGAAAAAUGGAACUCAAAUUUGACAUCUCUAGAGAGGUGGAUCCAGCAUUAAAAUAGUUGCUAUAUUGGUCGUUAUCUGAAAUCCGAGCUGUUUAUGAAUAGUUUUAACGUAGGACUUCACUUCCCUUCAUAGAUAAAAGUUUAUUCUGCAAAAUAGUUCCAUUUUCUCGUCCUAAUGCAGGAUAUAUAUUUGAUAACUUUUGUAGGAAAUCAAAACUCUUAUCAAUUUAUGAACUCAUUUGUGUUUUAACUAUAUGUUCACAUACUUAACAUAUUCACAAAAUUCAUUUUUUAUAUAUUGUUUUUGAUUUGGAUUGUAAUGGGAACAUCAGCUUAAAUGAACUCCUCAUAAUUAUCAAAUCAAUCAUAAUAGGAUAUUGUAAAUUAACUAAUGCAGAAAUGCCUCCUUAUGUGUAAUUGGAGAAGUUUGCAAAAUUGAUGUUUUUAAAGAGUGACAUUCAAGUUGAUAAUUAACUGGAGUUAAGCGAAAUCAUAGAAUGGUUAGAAAAGGAGAAUGACAUUGGCAAAGACUUAUUUACCUUGUAUGAACCAAAAUAGAAAGUCUAAGAGCCUUUUGAAGUGUUUAAAUCCUUUAAGCCUUACAGCGAAUAAGAAGCUGCAAACAUGUUAGAUAUGAUAACAAAAGCAAACAAGAAUGAAUACUUUAUGAAGAGUCUCAAUGAAAAAUUAAACUAAAAAUAUUAGGAAAGCUAUAAGGCUACAACUAAAAGUGUUAGACAACUCUAAAUAAGAUCAAAACAGUCAGCUUCUCACAGUUCUCUACCCAAAAUUGCAAAACCUCAAAUCUUGGAUGAUGAUAUUGAUGAGUUACAAAUUUUAGAAAAAGCUAUUGGAGAUCAUUCAAGGAAAAUCUAAAGAUAUGAAUCUCCCACAAUUAGAUUUGUUACCUAGCGUGAUGGCACCUCCAGAAGAGUCAUUGUGCCUAAUAAGAUUAUGAAGAAUAUUAUCAUUACAAAAGGGUGUACCUUAACUAGGAAUGAGAUAUUUAAAUUAAAGAGUUAUUUUGAUAGUCUUUCAGAUAAAAAUUAAGUUAUUUAAGUUAAAGAAUUCACCAAAUCAUUUCAAAACAAACCACACAUGAAAAGAGUCACUGCAAGCUUAUAUAAUUAUUUAGAUUCUAAACAAAGAGGAUUUGUUACUUUUGAUGAAUUAAUGUUGAAAUUGUAUCCUUCGCUUACAUAAGAAUAAUUGAAAAUCAUUAACUAAUGGAUUCAAUAAUAUAAUGAAGUUUUUGCUAAAAGUUCGAAAGAAAGUUUGGAAAUGGAAUUUCUAAGAGUAGAGAAACAGCCAGCCAAAAGAAAAAGAAUUCUUCCAAAACAAAGUAUGAUUAGAGUUAAACAACUCUUUAAUUUAAUAGAUUAGGAUGGAAAAGGAUACAUAUCUAUAGAAGAUAUGAAGAAAACAUUCACAUAUGGGUUUACAGAAAAGGAAGUUGAGAAUCUAUUUUAAUAACAUGACAAUGAUAAAGAUGGAAGGCUUAGCAUGGACGAUUUAGUCAGAAUCAUAUUACCUCCUGAUUAUGAAAUAGAAGAAGAAACUGAAGACAAUUCUUGA